AUGUACGCUGUUGCUUUCAGUUGGUUUAUCCACCGAUGUGGUCGAACGGCACGCUACAAGCAUACGGGCAAUGCGGUCAUCUUCUUGGCACCAAGCGAGCUCGGAUAUGUCACUUAUUUAAGGCGCAACCAGAGCGUAGAAUUCAAAGAAAUGAAGAUACGCUGCAGUGAGGACGCAUGUAUGAAAAUGAUGGACAAGCUGCGUUUUAAGGCGGUUGGUGACAGGGAUUUCCUUGAGAAAGGAAGCAGGGCGUUUGUGAGCUAUAUUGAAUCAUACCUAAAGCGUGACUGUCAAAUUCUUUGCAACCUCAAAGACCUCGAUAUCGUUAAAGUGGCCCACUGCUUCGGUGUUCUCCGGUUGCCCCGAAUGGCCGAACUUGAUGGACGAGAUUUUCGCACUUUCCUCCGAUGUCCUGUCAACACUGCUGAUAUACCGUACCUGGACAAAGACAGGGAGGCUCAGCGACAAAAGAUGCUAAAGAAAAGGCGCAUAGCGAAUGAGAAGUACUUCAGGUCGUUGAGAGCCAACGCUAAGGCCGAACCAAAAGUUCGAAAGCGAAACGACGCUGAUUUGAUUAACGAAGAUUACGGUUUAUUGAAAAAACUGAAGAAGAAAAAAAUAUCUGCCGAAGAAUUCGAAGAAAAGUUCUGUAAAAAUAAAAAAUAA